GACGUCAUGUUUCGAACCACUUAAAACCAGAAUCGAAGUCGAGUAGGAACGCAGGGAAACAGGAAGAAGAAACAGCAAAAGAAGAAGAAGAAGAUAAAGAAGAAGAAGCAGAAAAAGACGACAACAUCGACACCACAAUGAACAAGAGACUAGUCAAGGAGCUCGAGGAAAUCCGCAACCAUGAGGACAAGUUUUUCCGCAGCAUUCAAGUGGACGAGUCGAACGUCUUGAACUGGCAAGGCCUUCUUGUUCCUAAUUGUCCUCCCUACGACAAAGGGGCCUUUCGGAUCGAGCUCAUCUUCCCCGCCGAGUACCCCUUCAAGCCCCCCAAGAUCACCUUCAAGACGAAAAUCUACCACCCCAACAUCGACGAGAAGGGCCAGGUGUGCCUGCCCAUCGUCAGCGUGGAGAACUGGAAGCCGGCCACCAAGGCGGAGAACGUGAUCACCAAUCUCCUUGCCCUGGUGAACAGCCCUGAACCGGACCACCCGCUGCGCGCCGACCUGGCGGAGGAGUACAGUAAAGACCGAGCGAAAUUCAUGAAGAAUGCCGAGGAGUUUACGAAGAAACACAGUGAAAAGCGGCCCACCGACUGACGGCACGACACCGACGCUCAACUGCUGGUUGUCACCCCCCCGCCCCUCUUCUGUUUCCUUGACUACACAGCGCGCCCCCCCUCCCCACAGCGACGGCCUGUUCUAGCAUACUUGCUUUAAGCACUCUUCAACCACUCCUUCUGAGAGGCUUGUGUUUCUGUUUGACUAAAGAGGAGGAGCAGGGCUGUUCUUGGUGAAGAGGCAGGCUCCGGCCUCUAGGUGUCACCUUUGGGUUGUUUUUUGUUUUCUUUCUACUGAUUUCCUUUUCGUAGAAAAUAAAGAAAAGAAGAAAGAAAUUUGUCAGAGGUGGCAUCCUAGGAAGUAAACUAGUUCUACUUACCUGUUUUUUGUGUUUUUUUUUCUCACUUAAAUCAAUAGCUUAUAUCAGACUUAAUUAACAAAAUGCACAGCUGAUCUAAAGCUGUCUAUAUCUGCCCCCCCCCCCCUUUAAGAUACACUGUACUCUGUGAAAUCACCUGUUGUAGAACAUGAAAAUUAAAGUUUGUCACUGAUGCAGAUUUCAACACGUAAACUCAGUGAUUUGUGAAAAAUGCAACAACGAUUCCUUGUUUAUGUGUUUUAGAUGGUUUUUGGAGGGGGGGGGGGCGGUCUCACAGGAAAGUGCACUGUGUCGGCAUGCUUUUUGUUAAUUACUUUGCAGACUACAUAGUGGAUGUCAGACCUAGUUCACCCAUCUGUCUCUUCUCCGUCGCGUCACUGUUUGGUUUCGUACGAGAUGUACAAAGCACUGGUUCCAGUAAUGUUGCAGCACUCAAACGGCUCGAGUUGUUUUCCGUUUUCCAUGAAUAAACGCCAUGUAAUCUGAAGCGCCUUCACACAUACGAAGGCACUACAUCCAGCUGCAGGUGGAGAACAGAAGGUUGUUACUGAAUAAAGAUUUGUGAUGGAUGCUUAAACCAAA